AUGCAACAAGAAAAAGAAAAGCAAGUAAGCUACCAAAAAGGGAAAGAAGAAUGUUUGGGACUUGACGAAGCGACUAUUGCUCUGAAAUUCCAUAAGCUCAACGAGCUCCUCAUUGCCGAGAAGAUCAUGCACAAUAUGGUAAGAAAAUAUUGUCCUCCCUUCGACUCCUACAAGGAGAUGUCUCUCAAUAGCUCCUUUGACAUCUUUAAGAUGGUGGGCGUCGAGAGAGCCGCUGCUGUCGAGAGAGCCCCGCCCACUCUCGAUGACUAA